AAAAAAACAAAAAGAGAAUGGAAGAAGAGCAAGAAGAACACUCAGUUGUUCCUCAUCUUGUUGUGCUUCUACUGCUCUUCUAAGCUGCACACGACGUCGUUUUCACAUCUCAUUGCCCUAUGCUUUCUUCAAUGUAGCUCGUGAUCCACAAAGCUUCACGUUUUCUGAAACGGGGUUGGUGCAAGUUGAAGUUUGAACUUUGAAGGGAAAGGUCCGUUAGGGGUCCAAUGGAGCAGUAUGAAAUAUUGGAGCAAAUUGGUAAAGGGGCUUUUGGCUCUGCAGUUCUUGUUAAGCAUAAGCUUGAAAAGAAGAAGUAUGUAUUAAAAAAAAUCCGUCUCGCUCGGCAAACAGACAGGACUCGCCGAAAUGCACACCAGGAGAUGGCCCUUAUUUCGAGUAUGCAAAAUCCAUUCAUUGUGGAGUACAAAGACUCAUGGGUUGAGAAGGGUUGCUAUGUGUGCAUAGUCAUAGGUUAUUGUGAAGGUGGAGACAUGGCAGAGGCCAUAAAAAAGGCAAAGAACAUCCAUUUUCCUGAAGAGAAAUUAUGCAAGUGGCUUGUUCAACUCUUAAUGGCUCUUGACUACUUGCACAUGAAUCACAUCCUUCAUCGUGAUGUCAAGUGUUCAAAUAUAUUUCUAACAAGAGAGCAGGAUAUUCGUCUAGGUGAUUUUGGACUCGCCAAGAUGUUGACUUCAGAUGACCUUGCUUCCUCGAUUGUUGGAACCCCCAGUUACAUGUGCCCGGAGCUUCUUGCAGACAUACCUUAUGGAUCCAAGUCGGACAUAUGGUCUCUAGGAUGCUGUAUAUAUGAAAUGGCUGCGUUUAAGCCUGCAUUCAAGGCAUUUGAUAUGCAAGCACUCAUCAACAAAAUAAACAAGUCUAUUGUGGCACCACUUCCGACAAAAUACUCUGGUCCAUUCCGAGGUCUUGUCAAAAGUAUGCUGCGGAAAAACCCAGAACUGAGGCCAAGCGCAGCAGAACUUCUUAGGAAUCCACUCCUUCAGCCUUAUGUGAUUAAUACUCAUCUCAAACUUAACAGCCCUAGACGCAACAGUUUACCUGCUUGUUUGCCUGAUAAUGAUGUUAAGAAAACCAGAUUCGCAGUUUCUGAAAGCGCACCUUUCCCAAAGAAUAGAGAGAAGCGAAUAUCAUGCGGAAAUGAUAGGACUCUGAAUCCUAGUGUCUCUGAUCACGAUUAUACUUUUUCAAGUCGUAGAUAUCCAAAAACUCCAAGCAGAGUAUCUGAAUUGUCUGUUGGAAGCCCUGAUAGAGGAUCAACUGUCACAAAAAAAAUCACUUCAAAAGCUUUGCUUGUGAACAAGAAUCCAAAGGUGAUCAUGCCGAAAUCAACCACUCCAAGAAGACAAGUGGAGCUAAGGAACAAUGAUAUGGCUUCACGAACCCUGGUGAAGAGAUCUGUUUCUACAACUCGUAGGUCAUCUUUGCCAUUGACAAAUAAGGCAGCAGUUCAAGAAUUACCUCGAAGGCCGAGUCUCAGUUUCCUUGACUGCAUUAAGUCUCCUGAUGUUUCUGUUAAUGCCCCUCGAAUUGACAAGAUGCUUGAGUUUCCAUUAGCUUCAUAUGAAGAUCCUUUCCAUCCUAUACGCCGAACAUCAUCAAACUCUGCGCAAGGUUCCUCUGGCUCACCACAAGCCGAAUAUUCAGUUAUGAAAGACAAAUGUACCAUACAGAUUCCUGACAGUAAAUUUGAUCGACUGAGUGCAAAUGAUGCUUGGCAAGGGUUUGAAGGCCCCAUGGUGCAUGUGGAUAGAGAGGACAUAACUGAUUCUUCUGAUCAAAAUGCUACUGCUGGUGCAUCCAGCCGAACCUCAUCUGACACAAGACGCCGUCGUUUUAACAUGUCAUCUUAUAAGCAACGGGCCGAAGCCCUGGAGGGAUUACUUGAGUUCAGUGCCAGACUCUUGCAAGAAGACAGAUUCGAUGAACUUGGUGUAUUACUGAAGCCAUUUGGACCCGAAAAAGUUUCUCCGAGGGAAACUGCUAUUUGGUUGACCAAGAGCAUCAAAGAAAAUGCUCCUAAACAGGAAGAUUAGUUCUAAGGACAUUCAAUGUGUAUAAAGUAGUCUUUGCUGUAAUAUUUUCUGUAGGUGCCCAGAUUUUGCUACGUAGAGGCAUAGUCAUAAGCUGAGACGGUAAUUCAUAGCUAGGAUCUUCUGUUAUCUUUACCCCUUCCGUAUUUAGCAAAUUCAUGCGGUACUGAAAGGAUACUAUGGAUGAGAAAACAGGUUCCGUUAAUCCACUAGAAAUAUUACUUAUUCGGGUGGGAAUUCCCAAUGUUAGCAUCUAUUUUCUCCCAA